GAUUGUGAGCGCCCCGUCUGCGUUGGCCUCCUGCAGUCCGUCCCGGCCGAGCUGAAGGGCCUCCCUCCCUGUCUCUGUGCUGCAGGUCCAGGUGGCCUGUGGUCUCACUGGGCCCUGUGUGUUCACUGGCACCCUCCUCCCUGCGUCCCCCGCGCCCUGCCUGGACCUCCUGCAGACCUACAUCAUCACCGGGCCCCGCCCGGACCGCGCCCGCUCGCUCUACGCACAGCACCUGCGCCGUGAUGUCAUCAGGAUGAGUCAGCAGGGCCGCCAUCAUGUGCUGAGAAUAACUGUUCCGGCUGAUGCCAAAGAGGGGGUGAAGGCGUUCUCUAAGGCAGAGGUCUGUCUGGAGGGGUCAGCAUUUGAGGACGCUGUGCAGAGUUACCUGGGCUGUGGCGGAGACGGGCUGGUGAGAGUGGAGUGUGUGUGGAGAGGAGACCCCCGAGGCACACAGUACCAGGGGGGCAGCAAGGCCUACUGCCUGACUGUCGUUCAGACAGCCUCUGACCACCAGGACAAAGAGCGAGUGCUCGCUUACCCACAGUGCCCCCUGCUGUUGCUGUGCUGCAGUGUGUUUCCACAGCAGGCUCAGGCAGAAGCUUACGCCCGCGCUCACCUCCCCACACACCCAGAAAGUGGUGAGGAUGUUUUCGCGCCGGUACGGGACGUCCUAGCGGGGAGAAUCUCUGCCCUGCACCUCCCCCAGGAGGCCCUGUCUGCGGCCCACCUCUGCUGCACACUCCUCCUCCUGCUCCAGGAUGUCCAGCCCAACGUAGACACUGCAGCACAGACACCUCCCCUGGAGACCCUGCGGCAGCUGUUCCGGUUUGUGCAGAGUCCAGCAGCCAGGCUGCGGGCCCUGAGGCAGCAGGUCCUCUGUCUCUGCCAGCUCCUGCAUACCCAGCCAGCGGAGGGCACGGCGGACGCGCGCGCGGAGGCUGGCCCCGCCCUGGCCCUCCAGCUGCAGCACCUGCUCCAGGACUGCGUGACGGAGGCCGAGCCCCUCAGCAGCUGGUGCCGCCACUCGCAGGGCUCCUUGGAGAGGCUGCGCAGCCGGCUGCAGGCUGCGUGUGGCCAGCUGGUCCUGGGCCCCCGCCGCACCGCCCUCACUGAGCUGAGAGAGACCCUGCGGCAGCUGUUCCGGUUUGUGCAGAGUCCAGCAGCCAGGCUGCGGGCCCUGAGGCAGCAGGUCCUCUGUCUCUGCCAGCUCCUGCAUACCCAGCCAGCGGAGGGCACGGCGGACGCGCGCGCGGAGGCUGGCCCCGCCCUGGCCCUCCAGCUGCAGCACCUGCUCCAGGACUGCGUGACGGAGGCCGAGCCCCUCAGCAGCUGGUGCCGCCACUCGCAGGGCUCCUUGGAGAGGCUGCGCAGCCGGCUGCAGGCUGCGUGUGGCCAGCUGGUCCUGGGCCCCCGCCGCACCGCCCUCACUGAGCUGAGAGAGUGGUGCAGCAGUAGCAGUGUGCUGGAGUCCCAGCUGGUAUCAGACACCCUGCCCUGGGUUCCGCUCCUCAAAGAGCUCGUCCAACAGGCUGAGCAAGGGGAAGAGGGAACACAGGAGCAGGCACAGGAACGCACUGAGCAGAGUGCAUUGUGGGAGCAGGAGCUGCUGUACUGCACACCGAACACGUUGGACCUGACACUGGAGAGUGCUGGAGACCCCUCACACCUUAGUGCCCGGCUCUCUCAGUACCUGGUGGACUGUGCAGUGGAUCAGUGCUGGGAGCGGUGUCUGUGGAAGGUGCUCUCUCUCUCUCCCCUGCCUGUUAACCCUUUCCCCUCCCUGGCCCAGGAGUUCAGGCUCGAAGCGCUCAGGAUGUCUCUCUGGCGGCAGAGUGAUGCUGAGGUGCAGAAACAGAUGAGGCCCCUAGAGACCCCCCAGCCCUGUCCUGCAGGGCCCCCCCUGCACUGUGGCCCCGGGGAAGAGGGGUACGGCCUCCCCAGUGCUCUCAGGGCCUCGCACCCUCACCGGCUCAGAGACUGUCUGAGUCGAGCUCAGAGUCUGGAGUGUGAGCCCCAGUACACGGGCAGGUUCAAGGUAGAGCGGAGCACAGCAGUCCUGUCUCCCAGGGCAUGGCUGGGGACGCUGUCGCCCUUCCUCUGCGGACUGCAGGUGAUUGAGUUCUGCUACAUAACAGCGCCCCCUGGCUGCCUGGAUGAGGUGCUACAAGUGUAUGCCAAACUGGUGCUGGCCGGGUUGUCUGAGCUGUGUGGGAGGGACGGGCUGAUUGUGGGCGCGGUUCACCUGGGCCCAGGGGGGUUGUGGGAUAUGCAGCAGCUGACCGCUUUCCCCACCCAUUUCCUGGAGUGCUUCUCAGACGCGCUGCGCCACAGACACCCUGUGCACCUGCGGGUGUUCCAGGCUCCUCGCGGGAGCGCGGAAUGGCGUUUCAUCCCUCUGCAGAAGCUCUUUGUCCUGUACUGUCUACGCGAGGACGGAUCCUCGUGGCUGUGCCUUCCACAACACAACCUACUGUCCCUCCACCAGGCUGUCUUCCCAUCUCUGGACCAGGCCACCUUCCACUUCAACACUGUCGGGCGGGAAUCGUUCAUUAGUGGCAGUGUACAGGAGGUGAUGUCACAGCUGGACUCUGAGAUCACUGAGGCUUUUCUGAAGACGGACUUUCUGCAUGGCUACCGGCUGGUGGCCAUGCGGGGUCUGCUGAGCGGAGAGGAGGCCUGUCUGCCGGACUGCUGGAGGGGGUGUCACAGCCUCUGCUCCCAGACGGAGUUUCUCUGUGCUGUGGCAGAGUGUCUGCAGGGCCUUCUUGAGCUGUGUGGGGAAGAUGAGAGGGCAGAACCGAGGCAGACUGCAACAGAGCACCAGACUGCCAUCGAGCACAUGUUUGAGGGCUUCUCCUGGAUGUUGAGGCGAACACUGGAGCACCCUGAGGCUCUUGCGCCCCCUGGCUUGUGGGAGGUGGUACUGCAGGGGCAGGGGGCUGUGGCUGGGGGCAGCAGGGCAGUGUGGCUGAGGGGAACAGCUGGGGUGUGCCGGGCCAUUUCGGAGACUCUGUCCCAGGACCUGCUCUCUCUCUGCCCCACGGUACAGGCCCUGCUGGAAAGACUGGACUCUAUGAAAGAGAGAGAGGAGGCUAGGGCACACAUCUGCUGCACAGAAACUUUACCCCCAAACUCUCAACCCCUCCGUCAUCGCAGCCCCGAACACUCUGAGCAGAGCCCCAGUCAGAGUAUACCCCUCACUGGGGCUCAGGCCCUGGCACUCUUCUGAUGUCAUCAUCCCGCGCACUGGGAGCCAGUGCCUGGCCCACCAGCUGCCGGCUCCUACAGAAGCUGCCGGAACCCUCAGCAGAACGGGGAUGAGCAGUCUAUGAGCGUCUGUCAGUUGCAAUCUAUUCUGGUUUCAGGCAGAGAAGAUGCCUGAUGGCAUCACAAUGACACACGUUGUGUUAAACCGAAAGCGCUAGUCGAGUUACGAGAGAUGAUUCAUGACUGCUUCUGGGUAUGUAAUGCAUUGUCGCAAUACAAACCCAAAAAUGAAUGAGGAAGUAAAAGCAAGAAAUGUGAUCAAACUGGCCUGAACUUGGAUAGUUUGAGUAUCUCAGCAACUGCUGAUCUCCUGUGAUUUUCACGCACAACAGUCUCUAGAGUUUGCAGAGAAUGGUACGAAAAGCAAACAAUAUCCAGGGAGCAGCAGUUCUGUGGGCAGAAAUGCAUUGUUAAUGCCUCAAACCUCUAAGUGGAUAUGCUACAGCAGCAGAAGACCAAUAAGUCUACUAAAUACUGAAUAAAGGGCUCACUGAGCAUAUAUAAUGCACAACACAUGUAACGUUGAAUAUUUAUUGUAAAUACUGAGAUCAGUUUAAUUUCCACUUAAAAUCUGUUCACUUAAAAGGCUGUUCAAGUCCCUAAAGAAUGCAGCAUGUAUAUUAUUUUCUUAUCUUAUCCGUGCUACCCCUGCAGAUGUAAAUGCAGAGAGAUAUUUUGAUAAUUCUCAGAAAAAUAGGCUCUUUAUGUCCCCAGAUUAUUAUUUCAACAUUUCAGGGAGAAAAAAAACUGAAUUGCACAAGUCUAGCCAUUAUAAUAAUGCCAAGACUUAUUGAUAUAUUAUUCUUUUUGUGUAUAAUACUGUCAGUAUAAUCAGUUGAAUAUAAAAGUUUCAAAUUUAAGUUCAAUCAAUGUCUAUCUUGAACAAAAUAUGAAAAAGAAAAAAGUACACACAGCAUGAUUUGGAUCUGUAAUGGUGGUCAUGAUGUGGCAGUGCUGAAGAAUUUCCAGUCACAAUUGCAGAACGCAUCGAGUUGUACUCCAUGUUGUCUGUGGUGGGGUUGAGCUCAAAUAGCAUUGGUGUGAGACAGAAAUGUGUAAAAAAUUAAAAUCUAAUGUUUGCCUGAGAUGGGAAAAAGGUUUGU